UGUUUAUAAAUAGACGUGACGUCAUCGGUUGAAGUACAUUUUGAAAAUAAAGAUGGUGGUUUUUUCCUGAAACAUUUACCAAGACAGUAUUAUUCAAGUCGUUCUGAUCAAGGAUUAACAAGUGCAUUACCAUUAAAUAUACAAUCACAAAAUUCAUCAAAUUCAGUAUUAUCAAUUGAUAAAUUUACUGUAUUUCAAACGAGUGAACCAGCAUCUGUACGUGCAACAUAUGGUCCAUUUAGUACAAAACAAACAGUACCAGCACGUUAUAUUGUACCAGAUCCACUUGAUGCAUUACCAGGUUUAGAAAUUAAAAAAAAUAUAACAUCAACAUCAAAUGCAGCAUUAAUUGAUGCACAAGAAUUAGGUACACGUCAUCUUGAUAUGUCAGCACAUCUUGUUGGUAAAUCAAUAUCACGUGAUUCACCAGUAUUACGUGUAUUAUUUCAUGCUGGUAGUGAAGCUGGUACACGUAGACAAAUAUUAUUAGCACGUCAUCAACGUAUAUGUGUAUUAUUACAUGCAACAUUACAAGGUAAAUUAUCAUUAUCAGCAGCAUGUAGUCCAGAUGGUGAAGAUGGUGUUUGUCUUGCACAAAUAACAAUACCAGCUGAUUGGUGGCCACCAUUUCCACCACCUGAUAUUAAUGGUAAAAUUAAAUUUAUAAAAACACCAUUAAAAUAUGUACAAGUAUCAUAUUCUGUACUUGAACCAAGAACAAUUAUUAUAUCUGAUGAUAAUAUUAAUAGUAAUAAUGAUGGAUUUAGUGGUACAAGAAUUAAAUCACAAAUUGAUAAUUCAUCUGGUGGUGGUGGAUGUAGACCAAGAGUACAAAUACAACCAGUAACACCACUUGGUAGAGUACCAUUAACACCAAAUAAAACUGAAUAUAAAGAAUUAAAAGCUGAUGAUUCAUUAUUAUUACUUGUUCCACAUGGACCACUUUAUCCAAGAUCAAGACUUCAUGUACCUGUUUUUCUUCAUCCUCAAGGUUUUCAAAUUGGCACAUCUGUUGAAACAACAUUUGAUGAUGAAAAAGAUACAACAUCUGUUCCACCUGUCGUUGCUGUUGUUCUCAGAGCAAGAGUUAAAUCAGGCGUUAGAAUUCUUGAUGCAACUUCAAGCAAUCCAAAUUGGAGUCUUGCCACUGAGAUUAAUGGAAAAAAUACAGCAGCAACAUUUACAGUUAGAAGACGUGAAAAUACUCAACGUUCAAAUACAACGGCAGAGGAAUUAAUGACAAUGUUGUUGGAGGCAAGUGAGGAUGGAGCUGGUAGUAACAGCUGGGAUGGUGGUAGAAUAAUGUGGAGUGUUAGAUAUACUCAUGAGGGCGAUGAAGAGGACAUGGCUAUGCAAACAAGAACUGACCAAUUACCAGAACAAAUACAACGCCAACAGCAACAACAACAACAACAGCAACAAAAACAACAACAAGGACAUCAUCAUCACCAUCAUCAUCAUCAUGCUGACAGGCGAAAAAUUCAAGCACGUCUUGAAAUUCAAAAAGAUGAUAUACAAUCUGUUUUACCAAUUUCAAAGAACUGGGAAGUUAUGAAUACUGCUGUACUGACAGGUAGACAAGUAUCCCAAGCGAUGAAAGUUUUUAUAGUAAGUCAAGCAGGCACAGUAGCAGAUGUAACACUUCAGUCAUCUUGUCACUCAGAGGAUGAAAGUGUCUUAAAAGUAUCUUCAUCAUGCAGUAGUGUUUACGUUGAUGGUUCUGAAAUACGAGGUUCAAGUAAUGCAUCAGUACUUGUUAAAUACGGUACAUAUACUGGACUUGCAAGUUUUACUGUAUGGAUGCCAGAAUUUCCAUUAGAAGUUACAGUUGAUGAUUCAAGAUUGAGUCAAAUUAAAAGUUGGAAAGUACCAGAAAAUCAUACAUUACAAAAAAAUAAACGUAGUUUAAAUAAAACAAAUAAUAAAUAUAAUGAUGAUGACAAUAUUAUUAUUCGAAAAAGAAAUAUACAAGGUAAAGAUGAAGAUGAAGAAGAUAUUGAUCUUGAAAGUGAUAAUAAUAACAGUAAUAACAAUGAUAAUGAUGAUGGUGGUGGUGGUGAUGAUGAUGAAGAUGAUGACAAUAAUGAAGAUGAUGAUACAGAAAAAUUUCAAACUGAUGAUGAUAAAUGGGACUCUGUUAAUACACUUGAUCGUAGUCCAAUGCAAUCAUUGUGUAGAUUACGUUUUCAACAAAGUCCAAUUGAAGUUUAUGCUAGAUUUUUAGCAACUGGACAUGAUUCAGGAAGAGAAACAUAUUUUGUUAAUCGUCGAACAUGGUUACGUGUUACUGAUUUUGUCAUUGGAUUACUUCGUGUGUCUGAUCCAAGAAUAGCAAUAUUAUUACAAGAUCGUAUUGUACAAGGUCGUGGUGUUGGUCGUGCUGAAAUACAAGUAUUAUCACCAAUAACUGGACGUGUUAUUGGUGCUAAAGAAAUACGUGUUAGUAAUGAUCGUGUUGCAAUAUCAAAAUUAUCAGUUAAAGUUGUAUCUGGUUUACAAUUAACAAUCAGUCCAGAUUCAGCUAUUGAGAAUGGAUAUGUUGCUGAAACAUCAGUCACACGAAGACUCACUGCACAGUACCAGGAAGGUUUAUUGGACAUUGAUGUAGAAUUUAAUGACGGUACACGUACACCAUUACGAGAAAUAGCUGUGUCAGAUUAUCACUUGAUGGUUGAGAGUUUAAAUCCUGAUGUGGUUGCAUUUGCUCCAAUGGUGGCAUCUCAUCAUCCUCGUGUAAUUGCUGUCAGUGAAGGACAUGGUGACCUGCUGCGUGUCACUCUACAAUUAACUGAUAUAUGUAGACAAACAAUUACAAAAAGAUCAAAAUUACCAUCACGAAUAAAUGGAUCAAUGAGUUUAGCCACAGCAACAGCAAAUGUUGAGGUUGAAUUUGUCACUGGUGAUUCACCACAUCGUCCUGAAUUUGUACAAAAUGAUGGUGGUGGAGGUAGUGGUGGUAGUGGUGCUAUACAAGGUUCAUCACAUCAUCAUCGUGAACGUAAAUUUGGACGUGAUGUUGCACCUGAUUUACAUGAUAUUCUCAUUGGUGGUGUAGGUGGAGUUGGAAUUCGUCAUCAUAAUAAAAAUCACAUGACAUCAUUAGAAGCUGGAAUGUAUGUACUAUUAGCAGCAUUUUGUUUUGCAAUUGUUGUAUUUGUAAUAUCAUGUGUGGUAUAUGCAAGUAAAUUUAAACCACAACAAUCAGAUACACCAAUGAUAAAUUUACCAGUUAUUGGUGCAAGUAUUAGAGCAAGAGCAACAGCAGCUGGACAAAUUGGUGCUAAUAGAAGACCACGUGAAUCUACAACUAAUGCUCAUGAUUGGGUAUGGCUAGGUAGAGCAACACUUGAACGUGCUGCUUGUACUCCUCAACAGGUACGCGUAACGAAUAAUCCAUUAGCUUGUGAACCUGAUGAUGAUGGUACAUCUGAGCUUGGAACAAGUUUUGAUAAUCCAAAUCAUAUAGAAUUACCAGCAAGUACAAGUAAAUCAACAUCAACUCCAAUUGAUACAACAACUUAUUGUAAACGUGAUCGUGCAUCACGUAAUUUAAAUGAUAAUAAACAAUUAAAAAUAAAUGAAAUAACAACAUCACAACAAAAUGGAAAUAGUGAUGUUAAAAAUUUAUCACCACCACCAUUACCUCCUCAUGGAAUAGUUGCAAGUACAUCAACAACAGUACAAACACAAAAAAUAAAUAAUGAUGAUUAUAAACCACCAGUACCACCACACAGAAAUACAGGAGUAACAGCACGUCUUCCAGAAACACCAAAGAAAAAUUCCCACAAAUCAAGUGGUAGUCAUCAUAGACAUGUUAAACAUCAUCAUCAUCAUCACCAUCAUCAUAAUCAUAAUCAUCAAAGUAAAAAUAAAAAUAUUAAAAAUGAUGAUAUAUUAAAAUUAAAUAAUAUAGAUAAUGAUUGUAUUGAAAUGAAAAAUUUAAAUGAAAUACCAAACAAUGAAAAAGAUAAUACAAAAAUACAUGACAAUCCAAUGUUUACAUCAACAAAUUCAACAGCAUCAUCAAUACAAGAUACUGAUAUUAAUAAUGACACUGAUAAUAAUGAAAUAAAAAUAGAUAGCACUGUUGCUAUUGAUGAUUUAAAUCUCGGUAUGGAUUACAAUCAAAUUAUGCAAUAUUUUGAUAAUCUCAAAGAAUCAAAUGCCUAGGUACUCGCUUCACUCUAUGACCUUAUUAAUUCAGAACAGCCAAUUUGAUAAUAAUUAAAUAAAAUUAUUUAAUAAUCAUAUUGUUCAUUCAAUGUCAGGAGUGCUUCCUUAAAACAAAAACAAAUUUAAUCACGUCUUAUUAUAUCUAUGUUAUGCGCCAAUAAUUAAUCAAUAAUUUUUACAAUUUUUAACACAUCUUUGAGAUAAAUUAUAUUUGUUUAUUUAUUAUUUUUUAAAAUCAUUAAUGAUAAUAAAAUUAUAUAUAUUCUAGUCAGCUUUUUAGGAGCACGUAAUAUUAUUAAAAUUUAAUAACUUUAACCCUUUACUGGUACCGUGAUUAAAUAAUUUUUAUUUUUUAUUUUUUUGUGAUGAAAAUAUAUAUAAAUAUAUUUAUAAUAAUAAUUGUCAAUUGUAAGAGAGUUUGAUAAAUAAAUAAUUAUUAUUAUGAUUAAUGAAAAAAAAAAAAAAUGGUAGCUUUGAUCGAUAAACGAUGAGAAAAAUAUUAUAGUCAAAUAGAUGAAAAAAUUGUUGUGUAUAAUAUCGAUAGUUCCAAGUCAUUUGAAUUCCAAUAUAACGAGUGAAUAUUUUAAAUUAUUAUUUUUUAUUAAUGUUGGUUAUUUAUUAUUCAUUUAUUUAUUUUUUUAUAUUAUUUGUUUUUUUUAAUGUGAGGAAAUAAAAGUUUAAAAAAUAAAUAUUAAUUAAAGCUAUACAUAAUUAGUGAAACUUUUUUUUUUAUUUAUUUUAUUUUAUAAAGUUUUAGCAAUAAGCUUGACUUGUUUUGUCAAAUUAAAUAUGAAAACUUGUUAAAGUUUCGAAUGUUCUGUGGAAAAUAAAUGAAAAAAAAAUAUCAAUAAUCAAGACAAUAGCACAAUGAAAUUACGAAGCCGUCACAAAUUUUCAUAAGUAUUAUUUUAAAAUGACUGUUGGUCAUGAAUAAGCAUGAAAAAAUAAAUAAUAUUCUCGAUUGAAGGAUAGUAUAUCUUUUCUAAGCUGAGCUAAAAAUAUUACUUCUAUCAUAAUGUAGAAAUUGAGAGUGGCAAACAGAAGAAGAGAUAUAUAAUAAUUAAAAAAAAAAUUAAAUUAAGAUGAUACCAGUUUGGGGUUAGAGAUAAACUCGGUGGCUUGUCGUACAUAGAUAUUUAUUAGAAAAAAAAAAAAUAAUAAUUUACUAGUUUUUUCGUUUUUUAAUAUUGGUAUAAUUAUUUUACAAAAAGUAGGCAUCGACUGAAUUUUAAUUAGCAAUGUCAUCAUGACAAGUAAAUUAUUUAAAAAAAAAAAAAAUUCAGUGCUCGACUGAUUAGUCAAUCAUUGCAUGUUCCUAAAAUCAUAUCACAUUUAUUUUUUUUUUCUUUUUACAAUUAUAAAUAAUCAUCUUCCAUAAAUCUUCCUCAACAUUUGGUCGAUCGUUUAAUACGUGGAGAAAAUAAAAAUAAGAAAUUUAAAUUCAUGAAAAAAUAAAUAAAAGGAAAAUAAAUUAUUUAUUUUUUAUUGAUGUUUAAACAUCAAAUUAUGUUCAUCACAAUGAUAUUUAUUAUAUUAACCAGUGGUUAAUGAAUAUUUGUAAAUUAUAAUUUUUAAGAUUUUGUAAAUAAUAAUUACACGACAGUACAAGAAAUUAAUAAAACCUAUGUAAUUUAGGUAAUUUGUAAAUUUUUGUCAUCAAGAAUAUUUAAUACUUGACGUCGAUCGUUUUUUAUUUUUUAUAAUUUAAUCAAUCGAUUAAACUAAAUUUAUCUAACUAUUAUUUAUUAUUUUUAUUUAUAUCAAAUUAAUUUUUUUACGUCAACGUUUAACGACAGGGCCACGAGAAUAUUCUAUAAAAAAAGAUGAAAAUUAAUUUUCAAUGCGCAUAUGAAUAAAAAAAUCAUAAUCAAUUUUUUUUUUUUUUGAAACAAAUUUGCGCAUUGAACUGCCGCUUCCUUGUUCCCGAAAAAAUCUAUAUUUAAUGUUCCACCAAUAUCGACUUAAGUAUAAAGUAAUUUAAAAAAUCUCCAUAUGAAAAAAUAAAAAAAAAAGAGCUUGGCUAUGUUAUGAAUGUUUGAGAGAUAAAAAAAAAUACAAAUAAAUAUACAAAUGAAUAAAUAAAUAUAUAUAUAUCUACGAUAAAAAUAUAAAAUUAAUAAAUAAGGCUGAAGCCAAGUGGCAAAAAAAAAAAAAAAAAAUCUAACGAAUGAUCGAACGUUGCGAUCGAAUUUUUAAAUUGUCUAAAAAAUAACUCUUGCAGAGUUUACGAAAAUCCUUAAGGCUUCAAUGGACUAUAUUUCUAAGUACCUAUACUUUUAGAUAAGACAACGUAUUUAGCACGUUGUUAAAUAUACAUCGUAGUAAAAAAUAAUAAAAUUAUAUCAAUCGACAGCAGCAACAAGUACGUAAUUAAUAAAUUAAGUUAUAUAACACUAGGCAAAAAAGUAAUAAUUUAUUAUUACUAAUAAACAAAAAAAAAAAAAAAAAAAUGAAAAAACAAAAAAAAAAAAGAUGAAGAUGAAGGAAUCAAGUAUUAUUAUCAUUUGUUUUUCAGAAUAAACUGAAACACCAAUAAAUAAAACAUUCUAGUCCAUAGCUUACCGUUUAAAAUCAUAAAGCUCAAUGUAAAUUGAGGGUAGUUUUUAUCAAUUGUUUUUUUGUUUUUAUAUUAAUUUUUUCAGUGUCAGUAUUAAAUGUUUUUUUUUCUAUCAAAAACAAUGUGGUAUUUACUGUAAUAAAUAAAAUAAUAAUAAUAAAAAAUAAAUGAAAUUUAAUGAGCAACAGUGAAUUGAAAUAAACUACCCAAAUUUUUUACAUUGGCUUUUUCAAGGAUAUAUUCUUAUUGUCCUACCUCGUUGUAAAAAUUAUUAUACUAAGCCAUUAAUUUAUCCAUUAAUCCCAUGAAUAAAUAAAUUUUUAGGACAACCAAAUAUUUAAAUUUCACCUUUUUAUUUAAUUUUUUAAUCAACACAUGAAUAUAAAUGAAAAAAAAAAAACAUAAUUGCAUUUUUAAAUUAUUUAUUAAAUGCUAAUUACCAACGAAUUCAAUUUAACUAGCCAAGCUAAUAUAUUUAUAACAAUUAAAAUAAAUAACACAUGUGUCACUGAUGAAUUUUUGAAUGUUUAUUGAAUAAUGUCAUUAUCAAAUGAAUUUAAAUUAAAUAAAUAUGAAUAAAUGAAUUUAAAAAAAUGAAAAUAAGAAUGAUGAAUUUAAAUGAAAAAGAAAAAUUAAUUUAAAAAUAUUUAUAUAUGUUGCUUUUACAUAUAAAUUGCCAAUUAUGUUAUUCACAUAAUAAGAAAAAAAAAAACAGUAUACAAAAAAAAUAAUAUAUGUGUGCCUCGCUUGAAUUGGAAAAAGAAAAUAAUCAUUAUUGAGUAACUCAUUUGGACGACAGUUAUUUGAGAAAAAAAAAGACAUAAGUGGAUUAGAAAUAAUUAGCUUGAAAAUAUUUGUAAAAGAAUUUAAUGAAUGGUUUAAUUGUUUUCAGCUGUCAACUGAUUUAACAAUUAAUUUUUUUUUUUUCAAAUAUAUAACACAUCAUUAAACGCACACAUUGACUUUGUUUAUAUAUUGAGUUAAUAAAAGUACUGAGUAUCAUCCCAUUAAUAAACGAAAAUUACGCUUUUAAAUUUAACGAAAAAAUAUGAUAUAUUAAUCAUGAAUUAAAUGAUUUUGUGUCUUGUCAUAUUUUGUUAAUUUAUAUAAUGAUUCUUUGCAAAAUGCUAGUAAAGUAUUUAUUAAGAUACGACUAUCAUCGCCUCUUGAAUGUACAAUAUGUAGUAUUUAUCUGUUGUUACCACCAAAUCAUCAGUAAAGAUAUUUAAAAAUA